AUGGCCUCUAAUGUCGAAUCUUUCACAUGUUUGUGGCUCGAUGUGGAUGCCAAUGCGACAGAAUACAACUUAAACACUCAGAAAGAACUUCGUCAAAUAAUAAAUCAUCUUCGAGCAUUUACUGAUAGCGAUCAAUGUGAACAAUACAUUCGCAAGGUUAAGCAUGAAAAACUUGUUCUAAUUGUAUCAGGGGCAUUAGGUCGAAAAUUGGUGCCUCGAGUUCAUGAUCUUCCACAAUUUUCUGCGUGUUACGUUUUUUGCCAAAAUAAAGCAGCAAAUGAACAAUGGGCGAGUCAAUACAACAAAAUUAAUGCUGUUGUAGUACAACGCGAUCAACUCAUUAAGCAAAUCUCAAAUGAUCAAAUUACUCGAAUAAAAGAAGAAGAUGGUACUUCAGUUUCUGUUAUCAGUUCUAAAUCGCAAAAUCUUCAAGCUCGAAAUGCUAUUUUUAUGUGGUUUCAAUUGUUUAUUGAAAUUCUUCUUCGUAUGCAUCAUAAAUCCAGUGAUCGUAAAGAACUUAUUGAGCUUUGCAGAAAGUCCUAUGCGGAUAAUCCUGAUCAGAUAGAGAUUAUUAAAGAAUUUGAACAGAGUUACAACGCAGAAAAAGCGAUUUGGUGGUAUACAAGAGAUUCAUGCUUAUAUCGAAUGAUGAACAAAGCAUUGGGUGUGCAAGAUUUUGAUAAAAUAUUUGCUUUUCGAUUUUUUAUUACUGACAUUGCGAAGCAAAUAAAAUCUGAAUACGAAAAGUUCAUUCGUACGAAUGUUAAUCGAAAAACAAUUCUAGUUUAUCGUGGACAAUUAAUUAAUGUUGAUGAACUUGAAUUAAUGAAAAAUAAUAUAGGCGAAUUUCUGUCAAUGAACUCUUUCCUAUCAACAAGUCGUGAUCGAUAUGUUGCACUUACAUUUACUCAGACUACUCGUAGACGAGAUAAUGUGCGGCCUAUUCUUUUUGAAAUUGAAAUCAAUCCUCGACUACGAACAAAAGCUUUUGCUGAGAUUGGUAAGGCAAGCUAUUAUGAAGAAGAAAAUGAGAUAUUGAUUAUGCUUGGUGCACUAUUUCGUAUCGAGAAAGUAACCGAAGAUGAAGAAAAUAGACUAUGGAUAGCUAAUGUAUCGUUAGCAUGUGAAGAUGACUAUCAUUUGAAAGAAAUAUUUACUCAUAUGAAAGGAAAAAUUGGUGACGAUACUAAUUUGGAUUCACUUGGCAAACUCUUGCUUAGAAUGGAUGAAAAUGAACAAGCACGAAAAUGUUAUAGACGAAUGUUAGAUGAGACUCAACUUACUGUUGCAGAUGCUCAAUUAGGUCUUGGAUGGGCAUCGAUGCGAUGCAAGAAUUACAACGAAAGUCUUGAACAUUUUAAUGAAUCUUUAAGCAUACGACAACGAAUUUUAGGAAACGAUCAUCCGAGUGUUGCAGAGAGUUUGACCUUUAUCGGCGAUGUUUAUCGAAAUAAAAGUAAUUAUGAACAAGCUUUACUUGAAUUGGCUAAAGCAAUGCAGAUACAAGAAAAAACACUUUCUCCGGAUUCUCUUGAUCUCGCUGCCACUUAUGAUACGAUAGGUAAUACAUAUGCUGAUCUCUCAAAAUAUGAUGCCGCAUUUGAAUAUUAUAGCAAAGCUCUUGAUAUUCGAAAGAAAGUAUUACCCCCUGAUCAUCCACAAAUCGCUGCUAUUUACAACAAUAUCGCUGUGUUGUAUGAAUGCAAAGGAGAUUACACAAAAUCAUUAGAAUAUUAUCAGAAAACACUUGAAAUCAGUAGUAAAACUUUACCGCCAACACAUAAGCACGUAACUGGAGUUCAAAAACAUAUUCAAAAUUUAAAAAAAAAAUAA